GGCGUCAAUUACACACGAAUUGUCGCUAUUCGCGGGUAGGCCCGGGCCCUAUGUCACGCGAUAACGGGGGUUCACUGUAUGUUGAAACAAAAUUAGCAUAAUAUACGGAAACGGAACGCAAAUGGCCCCCCUCCCCAUCCUCCAAAAACACCAGCUUUUGUCGACGUGUUUUAAAUAUUAAAUUGUCAUUAUUUUGAUUAUAUUUGAUUACCACGAAUACGCAUAUUAAUGUAACAAAUGAUUUUGGUUGUUUGAUUGGAGAUGACGUCCCUUGCCUGGAGCCAUGUUAGGUGAGUCCGCGUUUGCACGGGGCUUCAUGCUCAGCUCAGGUGUGUUACCAGCCUUUAACUUCCGGGAGCACGCCAGCACCGACACAAUAAACCGGACGACGGGGAGGAAAGUCGUCAUAUAGUUGGUGGACCGCUGCGUGCGCGUCGGCCAUACACAGUAGUGGCACAAGAAGAAGUGUUUGCCUACAACAGAAGAGUCUUACUUCCAGUCCAUUCGGUGUGGCUACCCCCCUGGAACUGAGCGCAUUGACGUAAUGUGGAGUCGACAGGGUGGGGGGAGUUGAGGAGGAGGAGGCGGAGGAGGAGGAGGAGGCGGAGGUGGUGUUCGUAGUGGUGGUGUUGGAGGGGGGCGCGCGCUGCAACCCCUCCUUCCCGAACGCAAACCGAGGAGGCAUCUACCGGCGGAAGCGCGAUGGCCGACACCGACGACCAUCAACCGGAGAACGGCUUCGUGUCCCCCGAGAGCACGUCGUCGUCACCCGGUCCGCUGACGCGCAUCGACUGUGCCGUCCUCCCGUUUCUUGGCGGCUUCGGGAAGUACCAGAAACAGCUGAUCCUGCUCACAUGGAUCCCGGCGCUCUUCAUCGGAUUCAGCCAGCACUCGGACAAUUUCCUACUCGCCCAGCCCAACAACACAUGCAUCCAGCCCUUGGCGAACACCACUGCUUCCACCACCGCCACUACGACUGCCGCUGGAAACGUGACGUGGGCCCGCUCCUGGACGUCGGGUGGCCCCCAGAACGCGAGCGGGCUGGCUGCUGGCGUCCACAACGACACGGGCGACGACACGCAGUGCCUGUGCAACGCGUGGACCUUUGAGCUGCACACCGGCCUUGUGCAGAACGUUGUCACGAAGUGGAGUCUGGUGUGUAACUCGGCAUGGAAAGUCCACAUUGCAAAAUUCUCACUCUUGGUCGGGUCCAUCUUUGGAUACCUGGUGUUCGGAAUCCUCGCAGACUGGUUUGGCCGUCACCCAGUGCUGAUCAUAUCUGUGCUGUUUAUGCUGGUGUUCGGCCUCACUGUGGCCUUUUCAGUCAACGUUCCCAUGUUCAGCACGCUGCGAUUCUUCGAAGGCUUUUGCCUGUCUGGCAUCACACUGUCACUCUACGUCCUACGGAUCGAGCUGUGCCUGCCAGGUUGGCGCUUCUCCAUGACCAUGGUGGCCAGUUUCGUCAUGCUGGGCGGCCAGUUGCUGAUGCCAGGUGUGGCUUACCUGUGCCGUGAUUGGCAGGUGCUCCAGGCCGUCAUCAUCUGCCCCCUGCUGCUUAUGCUGUCCUACAUCUGGAUCUUCCCUGAGUCACUGCGUUGGCUGCUGGCCACGCAGCAGUAUUGCCGCUCCAAGUGGAUCAUGGGACACAUCGCGAAGAAGAACUGCGUCAACAUGCAGCAGGACCCGGACAACAUCCUCGCAGAAUUGCAGAGAGCUCUUCAACGCAAGCCCAAAAAGACGUGCAUCGUGAAAAUGGCCCGAACGAGGAACCUGUGGAAGAAUAUUGUUGUGCUCUGCGUCAACUCGCUAACAGGCUACGGGAUCCACCACUGCUUCGCCCGCAGCAUGAUGGACCCGGAGGCCCAGGAAACCACCAUGUUUCACGACUUCUACGCCGACUAUUACACCAUGGCGGGCAUCGCGGUGGCGUCCUGCCUGGCGCUGUGCCCGGCGGUGGGCCUGAUGGGUCGACGCGGUGGUCUCCUCAUGUUCAUGAUCAUCACCGCCUUGGCAUCGUUACUGCAGCUCGGCCUGCCCAACUUGCUCGGAAAAUACAGCACCCAUCUCAAUAUCGAUAGCUCAGGCACUCUCAAGAAGAAUUUCUCCAUCGCCUUCUCCAUCAUCGGGAUGUUCUCGUCCCAUGCCGUCAGCAACCUGAGCAUCUUCUUCUGUGCUGAGAUCACACCCACCGUUAUCAGGGGCGGCGGCCUGGGCCUGGUCCUGGCUAGCGCCGGCUUUGGCAUGCUGACGGCGCCCAUCAUGGAGCUGCACAACCAGAAGGGCUACUUCCUGCACCACAUCAUCUUCGCCUGCUGCACGCUCAUCUGCAUCAUCUGCAUUCUGCUGCUGCCGGAGACCCGCUACCACCCGCUGCCCGAGACGCUGGCCGAGGGCGAGAGCUACACGCGCCAGCCUCUGCUGCCUCCGCGCAAGCCCGGCGAGCAACGCCUCCUGCUGGCGCCCUCCGAGAGUGCCCGGGAUUACACACGCGUGCACGAUACGCCCCUGCAUGAGGCGGCUGCCACCGCCGUCUCCACCAUGGACUCCGCCGCCUCGUCCGCCAUCGACUUGACUGCCCUCGCCAAGCCCGAGCGGCCCGAUGAUGACGACGGAGCGUGCGCGGCGCUGACUGAAGAUGACAUCAAACAUGCUAGCGAAGAGCGCCUCCUGUCUUCUACGCCUGUGCACUCGCACCCCCUGUUGUCGGACGAGGACAAGCCUUCAGAGGUGGUCCUUGCCUCGAUCGAGCCCCUCGCUCACGCCGUUGUCCUCCAAAUGGACGACACUCUGCAUCCGUCCCCUACGCAGGAAGCUCUUUCGGACCCGGCCUCCGAGGAGCCCCCGCCGGAAUCCCCCGAGCAUCUGGACGCGGACCUUCCGUCCAAGGAAUUGGGUCCACCGUCGACAGAGUACGCUGACGCUGACCCGCCGUUGCCGGCGCCCUCUCCCUUGAAUUCUGCCUCUUUCUGCUCAGACACAGACAUCCUCUUGGGAAUAGAGGACGAAUCAACAUCGCCGUCACCUCCGCCGGACCCCCCUUGUGGCGAUGAUCUUUCUCCCCCUCCUUCCCCCAUUCCAGACUCUGUUUUGCCCCCGUCAAGCCAUACGCCACCGCCCCGAUCCCCUUCCACGUCUCCUCCCCUCACCAUUCCCCCUAUCAUAGAACCUGCCGCUGCCGCGGUGACCUCAGUGACUGAUCAUCCUUUACGGGAAUCCGUAGACUCAGACUCCGAUUCCAACCCUUCAGGAGCGUCUCCCCCCUCUCUACUGGUCUGUACAGUUUCCUCCCCUAUCGACUCUGGCGUGCUGUCAAUCAGCGCCAGCACAGAAAACAACGUCCUCACCGGCGUGGCGUCAUCAUGAUGAUGAUGAUGCAGCAAAUAAAUCCCCUCGCAUUUACAAAGAAGACCGUCCCAGCCUGGAGUUGGGGUGGUCUUUAAACAUAAUCCCUUUCCUUUUCCUGCACAAGAGACUGCUUUAUGACAGCGCUGUUUUGUUUUGUUUUGUUUUUUUAAAGGUCAGUUAACUGGAAAAAAGACAAAAAAAUCACCAGCCUUUGAACUGCAUCGAUGGAUUUAAAAAAAAAAAAAAAAAAAACGACUUUUCAAGAAUCAAUCAGAAAGAAGCGACAGAACGUGAUGGCAAAUGCUGCUGAGAAAUGCACACGACUAAAUGUUUGUCAGACGUGCAGUGCUGAACACGUUUUAUAAGGCCACAUUCCCCGAAAGUAGUUUCUUCAGCUUCAGUGAGGCCAGGUGAAGAAUCGGGCAGCAGACCACCAAAAACACGUAAAAAAAAAAAAAAAGCCCACUGGCCUCCAUAAUCACUGGCACGCCUGCUUAGGAUGUGUUCUUGAACUUCUCAUAAUUACUUUUUUUUUUCUCUGCAGAUUUUCAAUGGGGUUGAGGUCUGGGGAUAAAGCUGGCCAUGGGAGGAGCUUGAUCCUCUGUCUGGCCAACCGCUUGUAUCAUUUUCAGUAUACGAGUAUGCUUCUGCAAAAAAAAUGGAAUUCAUUUGAAGGCUUUCGACACAUCUUAACCAAGAGUGCCAGUAAUAAUGGCGGGUACUGUAUAUGCAGUGAAACCCGCAAAUAACAAAAAUACCCGCAUAAUUGACAUCUUCCUUGAAGUGGUUUAUCAUCCGUUAAUGCCCCAAAAUGGCGCCGAAGCACUAUUCCCCCUCAUUGUAGUCAAUGAUGAAUAAUUUUCAGAACAUUUGAGUUUUUUGGUGGUCCUUCCUAUAUCAUCCGUGACAGAAAGUGAAGCAGCGGUUUUGGUCAUGACUGAAGCUGUUCAUUUUGGAUUUCUUAUGCACUGUAUGGAAAAUAAGACUUGUUUUGGGGCCGUGUACCCAAGUAAACAAUCACAAGAAACAGCACAAAAUAACCCCCACGCCUGUAAAAACCAAAAUGAAAAUGUUCAAAUGGUGCCAAAAAUUAGUAUUGCAUGUUUUGGGGGGCUUGUUUGGUACGGCCUCCCCCCCAGCCCCCACCCCCACCCCUGCCAUAGACUGAAUGUGGAUGGCGGGAAUCAGAUCAAAGGAGGCGAUCGGAAUGUCUUUCAUUGGAAGGAGCUGCAUACAAAGGUGCGUUGGGUAAAAAUGUUGUCAUUUUGUAUUGAUAUUGUCAAUAAGUGCAUAAUUCCGUGUGCGUGCGUGUGUGUGUAAACCAAAUUGAAAACUAUGAUUGACCUGAUCAAUGUACAAAGCUCUUCAUCCUUGCAAUAUUGGUGACGCCUCACACCGGACGCAAAAGAGUCGGCAAAGACAAAAGGCAUUUUUUAUUUGAUUUUUUUUUUUUUUAAUGAAUGCUUUGAGUGCGGGAUUUUUUUUCCCCUUUACACCCACGGACAACUAAACUGCUUUAUGAAAGACUUGACUCUUCCGUUGAUACUUGACAGUCUUGCAGAGAAGUUUACAACCAUAAAGCAAACUAAGGGUCAUUACUGUAAAAAAAAAAAAAAAAAACUCCAAAGCCAGACAAAUAUGUUUCUUUCUUUAGUUUUGUUUUGGUUUGUUUUAAAAAUGUGACUCAUUGUCUCGCAUGGAAUUUGCCCAGGGAGGAACAGAAAGCGGCACACUCGAAAGUUCUCGUGGUGCGUUUUUAUUAAAACAUGCACAAC